CCGGCGCGGCCCAGUAGGGCUCGGCGGGCGUUUCCCGGUGUGCCCCGCGGCGGAUUGUACACAAUCAUCAUGGCCGCCGCCGCCUCCGCCGCAGCCGAUGGUGCCGAGGAGCCGGGAAUGGAAGCGGAGGCGCAGGAGCUGCCGCUGGGCUGCGGCGAAGAGGGCGGCUCGCCUGCGGCAGGGAGGUCUCCGGAGGGCGAGGGGUGCCGAGAUCCCCCGCAGGCGUCUGUCAGCAACGGCGGCGACACGGAGAGCGGAAAGGAGCUGGUGGAGCUAAAGGUUAUCUGGAACAAGAACAAGUACGACGUUAAGUUUUGCCUGGACAGCACGGGAGCCGAGCUGAAGCAGAAGAUCCACUCGCUCACAGGCCUUCCCCCUGCUAUGCAGAAAGUUAUGUUCAAGGGACUUCUGCCAGAGGAGAAAACGUUGCGGGAAAUCAAAGUAACAAAUGGAGCGAAAAUAAUGGUUGUUGGCUCUACUAUCAACGAUGUUCUAGCAGUAAACACACCCAAAGAAGCUGCUCAACAGGAGGUCAAAGCUGAGGAAAAUAAAAAGGAGCCACUUUGCAGACAAAAGCAACACAGAAAAGUACUGGACAAAGGAAAACCUGAUGACGUGAUGCCUUCUGUUAAAGGUGUUCAGGAGCGCCUGCCAACAGUGCCAUUAUCUGGCAUGUACAACAAGUCGGGGGGGAAAGUAAGAUUGACCUUUAAACUUGAGCAAGACCAGCUAUGGAUUGGUACAAAAGAGAGAACAGAAAAGUUACCCAUGGGGUCCAUUAAAAAUGUGGUGAGUGAACCUAUCGAAGGACAUGAGGAUUAUCACAUGAUGGCAUUUCAGCUGGGCCCAACAGAAGCGUCUUACUACUGGGUCUAUUGGGUACCAACUCAAUAUGUUGAUGCAAUCAAAGACACGGUGCUGGGAAAGUGGCAGUAUUUUUGAAAGCACGCUCACCUCUGGCACAGGAAAAUGGCACAAAGCUAAGGACACUACUGGGAGAGGCCUCCAACAUCCCUGGAUGUGAUAGUCCUGGAACUUAUUAAUAAAAUAUGAUAAACGAGGCACUGAUGGAGGCCAGAGGUGAUGUUCUUUCACCAUUAGUUUACUUUUUAACUUAAAAAUUUCACCAUCCGUUUUCUGCAGUCAGCUUCAACCAUAUUUAAAGCGAAUACGAUGGAAAUCAAUAAACCUUAAUUCAUAAAAUAUUGUGUGUAAUACACUUAAAUCUGCUCAGAGUCGAUCUUCCAAUUCAGUAUAAAAAAGAAAAAGAAACUAUUACGAUGUAUUAUGGAGGAUUUUUUACGUGGUUUGAACAAAACCAGAUAUUUUCAUAAUCUUUCAGUUACGAGCGUUAGACUUAAUUUAGUUACUUGGUUGUGACUGAGAACUUCAGAAACAGUUUUUUAAAAAUAAACUUUAAACAUUAUGCAAAA